CAUUUCUUUCUGGCGAGAGAGAGCGAGACAGCGAGCGGGCGCCUCCCUCCUGAGCUGUAGUGUGCUGCUCCGUUUGGACCAGCGAGAUUACUGCCGCGUAUUGUACCUCCCUCCGCUACCACCACCACCACCACCUGCGUAGCAGCGAGGUUAUGUAGCGCCUCGGAGGAGGAGCUAGCUGUAGCUAGACACCUCGUGGUACUAGUACUAGUAGAGCCGCCCGCUAUAUACCGCUAGGCCACUGGAGUAGCUUGCCAGGUCCAAGCAGCCAGCCCUCCCGGCCCGGAUUGCGCUCGAAGCAAGCGGCCGCCCGAGGCGAGGCGUGCGCGCGCCGCGAUGGACUUCGGCGACGACGUCAUGGACGGCGGCUCCGACGCGCAGCGCCGCAAGAAGAGAUACCACCGCCACACUCCGCGCCAGAUUCAGCAGCUCGAGGCGAUGUUCAAGGAGUGCCCGCACCCGGACGAGAACCAGCGGAUGCAGCUGAGCAGGGAGCUGGGGCUGGAGCCCCGGCAGAUCAAGUUCUGGUUCCAGAACCGCCGGACGCAGAUGAAGGCGCAGCACGAGCGCCAGGACAACUGUUUCCUGCGCGCGGAGAACGACAAGAUCCGGUGCGAGAACAUCGCCAUGCAGGAGGCGCUCCGGAACGUCAUCUGCCCCACCUGCGGCGGCCCGCCCGUCGCCGACGACCAUUUUGACGAGCAGAAGCUGCGCAUGGAGAACGCGCGACUCAAAGAAGAGCUUGACCGGGUGUCCAGCCUGACGUCCAAGUACCUGGGGCGGCCCAUCACGCAGCUGCCGUCGGCGCAGGCGCUGUCCAUGUCGUCGCUGGACCUGUCCGUCGGCGGGCUCGGCGGCCCGUCGCUGGACCUCGACCUCCUCAGCGGCGGCUCCUCGGGGUAUCCCCCGUUCCACCUCCUCCCGAUGGCGGUGUCGGAGAUGGAGCGGCCCAUGAUGGCCGAGAUGGCGACGCGCGCCAUGGACGAGCUCAUCAGGAUGGCGCAGGCCGGCGAGCACCUGUGGGUCAAGACGGGCGGCCGCGAGGUGCUCAAUGUCGACACGUACGACAGCAUCUUCGCCAAGCCCGACGGCUCGUUCCGCGGCCCGGACGUGCACGUCGAGGGCUCCCGCGAGACGGGGCUCGUCUUCAUGAGCGCCAUCGGCCUCGUCGACAUGUUCAUGGACUCGAGCAAGUGGACGGAGCUCUUCCCUGCCAUCGUGUCCAAAGCGCGCACGGUCGACGUCCUCGUGAACGGCAUGGGCGGGCGGAGCGAGUCUUUGCUUCUGAUGUACGAGGAGCUGCACGUGAUGUCGCCGGUCGUCCCGACGCGCGAGUUCUGCUUCCUCCGCUACUGCAGGCAGAUCGAGCACGGGCUAUGGGCGAUCGCGGACAUCUCGGUGGACCAGCAGCAGCGCGACGCGAGGUUCGGCGCGCCCCCGUCGCGCUCGUGCCGCCUCCCGUCGGGAUGCCUCAUCGCCGACAUGGCCGACGGCUCGUCCAAGGUGACCUGGGUCGAGCACAUGGAGAUCGAGGAUCGGGUUCCCAUCCACCUGCUCUACCGCGACCUCGUCCUCAGCGGGGCGGCGUUCGGCGCGCACCGUUGGCUCGCCGCGCUGCAGAGGGCGUGCGAGCGGUGCGCGUGCCUCGCCACGGCCGGCAUUAUGCCGCACCGGGACAUUGCAGCGGCAGGAGUGACGCCGGAAGGGAAGCGGAGCAUGAUGAAGCUGUCGCAGCGGAUGGUGAACAGCUUCUGCGCGAGCCUUAGCGCGUCGCAGCUCCACCGGUGGACGACGCUGUCGGGGCCCAACGACGUGGGCGUCCGCGUCAUGGUGCACCGCAGCACGGACCCGGGGCAGCCCAGCGGCGUGGUGCUCAGCGCGGCCACGUCCAUCUGGCUGCCGGUCCCGUGCGACCGGGCGUUUGCCUUUGUCCGCGACGAGCAUACGCGCUCCCAGUGGGACGUGCUGUCGCACGGCAACCCGGUGCAGGAGGUGUCGCGCAUCCCCAACGGCUCUCACCCUGGAAACUGCAUCUCCUUGCUGAGAGGCCUGAACGCGAGCCAGAACAGCAUGCUGAUCCUGCAGGAGAGCUGCACCGACGCGUCAGGCUCGCUGGUGGUGUACGCGCCGAUCGACAUCCCGGCGGCCAACGUGGUGAUGAGCGGCGAGGACCCGUCCGCGAUCCCGCUCCUGCCGUCCGGCUUCUCCAUCCUGCCCGACGGGCGGCCCGGCGCGUCGUCGUCGAGGGCCGGCCAGGCGCCGUCGGCGGGGUCGCUGGUGACGGUGGCGUUCCAGAUCCUGGUGAGCAGCCUGCCGUCGGCGAAGCUGAACGCCGAGUCGGUGGCGACGGUCAACAGCCUCAUCAGCACCACUGUGGAGCAAAUUAAGGCGGCCUUGAAUUGCGCCAGCCAUUGAUGGAGCCCUGCCCGGCCGAUGGAUCCAUAUGGAAUUGAUGCGUGCGUGCAUGCAUGCACGCGUAGGUCUCUUCUCCUCCCCUCGGCCGGCCGCCUGCCGCUCGCCUGCUGGCUGCUGCGAGGAGUGAAUUCCCUUCAAGGCGCUGGUUCGCGACGGGGUUCUUGGUUGGUUGGGGGCCUUCAAUGCUGGCCAUUCAUGGAGGCGGGGCUGCUGCCAUGGUGUCGCCCGCUUGGGGUUCACCUGCCGCUGUUGCUGCGCCGUCCGAUCACCCAUGAUCAUUCAGCUCUCUCUCUCUCUCUCUCUUCCCGCCACUCAUGCAUGCAUGAUAGCUUUUCCUCUUGCUCUAGCAUCUAGGUUUCCCGUUCCUGUUACAGGAUUUGAAGCUUGCUCGCGAGGCUUUGCAUGAAACGGAGGAGUCAAGAACGCACCAUGCUCGUCUCAUUCCUCUUGCUGCCGUCACGCUCGGUUGUUAAUUAAUUCCAUUGCUCUUUUAAUUUGUGCCUCCCCCCUCUCCCUAGUUUUUGCAGUCUCACAUUCUGUAGUCUGCAGCAGAGGAUGAUGAAUGGUUCGGGUAUUGACUUCUGUCUAAUGGUGUUAAGCCUUCAAUGAUCAUUAGUUCUACUUGUUUUUUAGUAG